CCAAACUAACACGCACACAAAGACACACACACCUUCUCCUCCUCCUCUCCUUCUUCCCUCACGCCAACAGCACCCACCAUUUUUCCAGACAAGAUCACAACCCACCACCAAAGAAACCCCAUCGCCACCAUGCCGGAAGCUCCAAAGACCGUCGCCGUCGCCAGCAGCAGCCACAACAGCAAUGGCAGCCUCACCACCAUUGUCGAAAAGAACAAGCGCGCCCUUCAGUUCAUCGACGACGUCACCUCUUCCCCCGACGACAUCCAGACCCACGUCCUCCGCGAAAUCCUCUCCCGCAACUUCGACGUCGAGUACCUCAAGCUCCGCCACCGCCUCAACGGCGCCACCGACCGCCGCACUUUCAAGAAACUCGUCCCCGUCAUCGCCUACGAGGACAUCCACCCUGAAAUCACCCGCAUCGCCAAUGGCGACACUUCCCCCAUCCUCUGCUCCUCCCCCAUCUCCGAAUUCCUCACCAGCUCUGGCACUUCGGCAGGGGAAAGGAAACUGAUGCCGACGAUUGCAGAGGAAAUGGACAGAAGAUCGACCCUCUACUCCCUCCUAAUGCCGGUCAUGUCCCAAUUCGUCCCCGACCUCGAGAAGGGCAAAGGGAUGUACUUCCUCUUCAUCAAAUCGGAAUCCAAAACCCCCGGCGGGUUGCCCGCCCGACCCGUUCUCACCAGCUACUACAAGAGCUCCCAUUUCAAGAACCGCCCUUUCGACCCGUACACCAACUACACCAGCCCCAACGAGACCAUCCUCUGCCCCGAUUCCUACCAAUCCAUGUACUCCCAGCUCCUCUGCGGCCUCUGCCAGCGCACCCAGGUCCUCCGGGUCGGGGCGGUUUUCGCAUCGGGUUUCAUCCGGGCGAUCCAGUUCCUCCAGAAGCACUGGCCGCUCCUCUGCCGCGACAUCCGGGCCGGGUCCCUCGACCCGUCCGUCAUCACCGACCCGGCCGUGAGGGAGGCCGUCCUCACCAAAGUCCUCCUGCGACCAGAUCCGGAACUCGCGGGUUUCGUCGAAACAGAGUGCGGGAAGGAUUCGUGGCAGGGGAUUAUAACCCGGCUCUGGCCCAAUACCAAAUAUGUUGAUGUGAUCGUGACGGGGACAAUGUCGCAGUACAUUCCCACUCUCGAUUUCUACAGCAAUGGUCUGCCGCUCGUCUGCACAAUGUAUGCUUCUUCCGAAUGCUAUUUUGGGGUUAAUCUGAACCCGCUCUGUAAACCCAGUGAGGUCGCUUACACCUUAAUUCCAACCAUGGCCUACUUCGAAUUCCUCCCUGUUCACCGUAACAGCAACAAUGGGGUGUCCAAUUCCAUCUCCAUGCCCAAAUCCCUCAACGAGAAGGAGCAGCAGGAGCUCGUCGACCUCGCCGAUGUCAAGCUCGGGCACGAGUACGAGCUCGUCGUCACCACUUACGCUGGGUUGUACAGGUACAGAGUUGGGGAUGUGCUGCGAGUUGCAGGGUUCAAGAACAAGGCGCCGCAGUUCAACUUCAUCUGCAGGAAGAACGUGGUGCUGAGCAUCGACGCGGACAAGACCGACGAGGUGGAGCUGCAGAGCGCGGUGAAGAACGCGGUGGACGCCCAUCUGGCGGCGUUCGACGGGAGCGUGGCGGAGUACACGAGCUACGCCGACACGACGACGGCGGUGCCGGGGCACUACGUGCUGUACUGGGAGCUGAGCUUGAAGGGGACGACGGCGAUCCCGCCGUCGGUGUACGAGGAUUGCUGCCUCACCGUGGAGGAGUCGCUGAACAGUGUUUACAGGCAGGGGAGGGUGUCCGACAAGUCGAUUGGACCGCUGGAGAUCAAGAUUGUGGAGCAGGGGACGUUCGACAAGCUGAUGGAUUAUGCAAUCAGCUUGGGGGCGUCGAUCAACCAGUACAAGACGCCGAGGUGCGUGAAGUAUGAACCGAUCAUUGAGCUGUUGAAUUCGAAGGUGGUGGCCAGUUAUUUCAGCCCCAAGUGCCCCAAAUGGGUUCCUGGUCACAAGCAGUGGAGCAACAAUAUGAAGAACUAGAGGUGGGGAAUGGAUGGAUCGUGGAUGGAGAUAAGAAGAUUUGUUGCUCUGUUUCGCUGUUUUGUUUAGAUGAAGAAAAAAAGUAGCUUCUCUUUUGGAGAGAAAGGUCUGUCAUGAUUAUUGUUAGUGACCAGUAGAGGUGCAUGGUGGAUAAACAAACCAACCUUUUGUUUUUGUUGGGUGGUGGUGGUGGGGAAGGAAUGUUGCUCAAUAACCCUUUCUUUGCCUCUGUCUCUCUGUUUCUUGUUAGGUUAAUAAUUACUUAACCCUCCUUUUCUUCGUUCUUUUCGUUAAUGGCUACUGUCAAUUUUUGUACUUUCAUAUCUUUGGGUAAUUAAAUCUGUUUGGGACAGAGAGAGAUCUUUGAACUAGCAAUGUACAAAACCAGUUCCCUGUUUCAACUUUCAACUAUGGCCUUCUUGUUUCGGAAUUACAUAUUGCGUCUUGAAAUG